GUGUGAUAAUCAUCGGUCACAUUCUCACGUCAUAUUAUCUAAACGUUAUAUUGUGACAGUCUAAAUUGUGCAACGUGUAUAUUUCCGUUUUAUUUUUGUGCAAUUUUGUUUUGGGGAAAUGGAGAAACAAAUACAAAAACAAUUUGAAACAGAAAAAGACUGYAGCAGUUGCUUUAGAUCGGUAUGUAAAGCUCGUUGUUACUUCAGAAACGGAGGAUUCGACUUCGGUUAUUGUGAAGAUGGAAUUUGCAAGUGUGCACCACCGGUGAUAUACGUUUUCAAUGGCGUUGGUCGUGAUUUGAGCGACGAAUAUAUAGACAAUUCAUUGGUCAAUGACAAUGUUAUMCAAAAUUCGAGUGUCCCUAUGGUAUUAUUCUGUACUAACAUUAAAGCUGUCUCAAUUCAGUGAGUAUAGAAUCUUAAUCCUAAAUUGUGAUGAKAAUGAGAAAUGUAUGUAAUAACUCAUAACGUGAUGGUUAAUCUUGGUUAAUUUAAAACCUUUUGAAAUACUAAAUAAAUAUUUAGAAUAAGUUGGGUCUCUUAAAAACCCUAUUGUGAUAGGUCUCUCAGUUUUUUAGAUUUUGUGAUGACUAACGUGACCCCGCGGUAUUUGAAAAUCUCAAUAACACUAACACAUGUGACCUAUCAAAACAGGGAUKUUUUGGAAAGAUAAAUCUUAUGAAAGAAUAAAUUUUUCAUUAAAAUGUAUUGAGCAAUUCAAAUUUAAAGUCACUAUUAAAAAUCCUAUCCUUGGAACACACACUAUAAUCAGGUUUUUGA